GAUACCCGACCCGGUAAAGUCAUUCUCCCUUGUUGGUUGGAGCUCCGAGGACAGAGCGAAAGCUUUGGCGUUCUUCUUCUUCUUCUUCUUCUUCAGUCUUCACCACUGGAGACUGCGCUCUUCAUACCUUCCUCUCUUCCUACAUCAUCCUUCGGCGUCCGGCGGCGAUGAAUUUCCGGUGAGUCUGCUACUUUCCUCAUUUUACCUCCGCCUUUUCAAUUGAAUGGAGGCGCAAGGUCGUCGGUCGUCUACGGGAGGCGCAUGGGCAUGAUUACUUAACGACAUUGCGAAGGCAAAAUUCUACUGUGUUAUUGUUACGUAUGGAAUUGAAAUCGGCGCUUCCUGGUUCGGCAGCUUCUCCUUCGCCCAGGACGAAGAAGAAGCGGAAGAGACUGGAUGCGAUCUGCGAGAAGGUUUAUACUCGGAACCACAAGGAUCCGGUUAGUGCAGCAAGGGAAGGGGCGGCAUCGACGUCCCAGACCUUGCCCUCUACUGAUUUGGAGCUAAGGAGGAGCUCAAGGGUUCGUCGUGCUCCGGUUUUGCUCGAUGUCUCGCCUCCACCGGUGAAGAAGAGGAAGAAAUUCGGUAAGGAUGUGAAAUCCAGUGGAAAGAAGAAUGUUUCGGUUGGUUCGUCUGGGGAUGAGUUGAAGGAAGAGGAUGAGGGUGGAAACUUGGAAACGCUAGGAAGUUGGAAAUCACGGUUGAGGGCUAGAAAGAGGAGUGGAAGAAAUGGGAGGAGAAAGUUGUUUGCUGACUUGGGCGAUAGUCUGUCUAAGAAAGUGGAGUCUGAUGAUGAGGAACUCCUGGUGGGAGCAAAGGCAAAGAGGUUGGGGAAGGUUAAGGCAGUCAGUGGGCUGAUUAAGGAGCUGAAAGAAGUCGAAGUGCUUUCUGAUGAUGAUGAUGAUGAUGAUGAUGCAGCGUCGGAAAAGGAGGCUGACAGUGGAAAGGAUGAAAAGGAAGUGGCUGAUGAUGAAACUGAUACCACUAGUCAUGAAGAUUCCCCAGCUUCAGAAGGGGAGACUAGCGUCCGAAAUGAGGGGGAGAAUGGUGAUCCUGUUUCCGAUGAAGGGAUGCAUGAAGAAGAGGAGAACUCUAGAUUGGAUGGCUUAAAGUUGGAGAAAAGUUUUGAUGGAGCAGAUACUGUGGAUAGUGAUGAGGUGAGUGGGUUUAAGGAGAAAGGAUUAGAGAUUAACAACGAUGGGGAGAAUGAAGGGGAUAAUGAUGUUAAACAUGAAAGGGAAAAUGAGGAAGAAGAUGAGGAGGGGAAAUCUGAAAGGGAAAAUGCAGAGUCCGAUGAAAGGGCUAGUGAAGAGAACGCCAAUGGAGGAAAGGAAAUGGAAGAAAAUAAGGUGGAUGAGGAAGACCAUAGUGAUGACCUAGAAGCUGAUUUCACAGUUGAAAUGCCCUUGGAGGAUGGGAAAGAUGCAACGGAGAGAAAGAUGAAGGAUGAUUCUGUUGAUAUCCACUGCUCACCUGGGGUUAAGCAGGGGAGGCUAUGUGGGUUGUGUGGCUGUGGCAAUGAUGGUAAACCACCAAAGAGAGUGAUCCAAGAGGGAGGUGAGAGUGAAAUAGAGGCUUAUUGCGGUUCAUCCGCUUCAGAGGAACCCAAUUAUGAUGUAUGGGAUGGAUUUGCGAAUGAACCUGGCUGGCUUGGCUGUCUAUUGGGUCCUGUAAAUGACCGAUAUGGUAUUGCUGGAAUCUGGGUUCACCAACUCUGUGCGGUGUGGAGUCCAGAGGUGUAUUUUGCCGGUUUGGGUUGCUUAAAAAAUGUCAAAGCAGCACUUUUCAGAGGAAAAGCAUUAAAAUGCACCCGAUGUGGAAGGCCAGGGGCCACAAUUGGCUGUCGUGUUGAUCGCUGCCCGAGAACCUACCACUUGCCUUGUGCCCGUGCUACUGGCUGUAUCUUUGACCAUAGAAAAUUUCUCAUCGCAUGUACAGAUCACCGGCAUAUUUUCCAACCUCAGGGGAGUCAAUAUUUAAUGAAGAUUAAAAAGCUGAAAGCUCGAAAAUUGAAAUUAGAGGUCAGGAAGUCAUCAAAUGAUGCAUGGAGAAAGGAUGUUGAAGCUGAAGAAAAGUGGUUGGAGAACUGUGGCGAGGAUGAAGAGUUUUUGAAACGUGAGAGCAAACGGCUUCAUCGGGAUUUGGCAAGAAUUGCACCUGUGUAUAUCGGAGGCUCAGGAGACUCUGAUUCUACCCAACAAUUCGAAGGUUGGGAGUCCGUUGCAGGGCUUCAAGCUGUCAUCCAGAGUUUAAAGGAAGUAGUCAUUUUACCUCUUCUCUACCCUGAGUUCUUUAGUAAUCUGGCGAUUACACCGCCUAGGGGAGUUCUCUUGCAUGGGUAUCCUGGAACUGGUAAAACUCUUGUAGUCCGUGCCCUUAUUGGUUCAUGUGCUCAAGGAAAUAAAAAGAUAGCUUAUUUUGCUCGAAAAGGUGCAGACUGCUUGGGGAAAUAUGUUGGUGAUGCUGAGCGGCAACUGAGACUCUUGUUUCAGGUUGCUGAGAAAUGUCAACCUUCUAUAAUUUUUUUUGAUGAGAUAGAUGGUUUAGCUCCUUGUCGAACAAGGCAGCAAGAUCAGACUCACAGCUCAGUGGUAUCCACAUUGCUAGCUCUCAUGGAUGGCCUAAAAUCAAGAGGCUCGGUGAUUGUGAUAGGUGCAACAAAUCGUCCUGAAGCUGUUGACCCUGCAUUGCGCAGACCCGGAAGGUUUGAUCGGGAAAUUUAUUUCCCCCUGCCUUCAGCCAAUGAUAGGGCUUCCAUUCUGUCAGUUCAUACUCGAAGAUGGCCGAAACCUGUCUCUGAUGACUUGUUAAAGUGGAUUGCUCACCAAACUGUAGGUUUUGCUGGUGCUGAUCUGCAGGCUCUCUGCACCCAAGCUUCCAUCAUCUCUUUGAAAAGGGCCUUUCCUCUUCAAGAAGUUCUGUCAGCUGCUGCUGCAAAGAGAGGUCCCAAUGAUGCUAAACGUCUUCCACUUCCAUCGUUUACAGUGGAGGAGAGGGACUGGUUGGAGGCUUUAUCAUGUGCUCCACCUCCAUGCUCUCGUAGAGAAGCAGGAAUGGCUUCUUAUGAUUUAGCGUCUGCUGCUCUCCCUGCUCAUCUGGUUCCUUGUCUGUUGCAUCCUUUAACAGUUUUGAUUGUGUCCCUCUAUCUGGAUGAGCGCCUAUGGCUCCCUCCUCUUCUUUCAAAGGUUGCUGCAAUGAUUGAACCUAUAAUUAUUCCUUCCGUAGAGGCGAAAAAUCUGGCCCGGAAUCAGUGGGGGUCCUGCAUUAGUGUUCUCUUUAAAGAAGCAGGCAUUGCUAAAGAGAUACAGCAGAGGCUUUCUUCUGCUGGCAUAUUGGCUGGAGAAUCAGGUUUCACUGUUGGUGAAAUAGAAUCGGAAAUGGGUAAUGGGGGUGCUCAAACUAGUUUCUUUCAGUCUGGAAGCAUGUCUUUUGGGUCAAGGAAAAAGUCGGGAUUCCGGGUGUUGAUUGCUGGGGAUCCGCGAUGUGGCCAAAGACAUCUUGCAGCUUGUACUCUUCGCUUUUUUAUUGGCAACCUUGAAAUUUGGAAAGUUGAUCUGGCGACGGUUUCCCAAGAAGGUCAGAGUGAUAUGGCACAAGGGAUAAUGCGGAUAUUAACAAAAUGUUCUAGCCUAGAGACAAGCAUGUUAUACUUGCCCAGAAUUGAUCUCUGGGCUAUAGGGACAUGUCAAGAGAUGAACGACUUUGAUGAGUCAGCUCACCAGCAGCUUCCUGAGGAGGAGGUCAAAGUUUCUGAAAAUUCAGACGAGGACUCAUAUAAUUCUUCUAUACAGACUGCCUCAUAUGCCUGGAACUCGUUUGUUGAGCAAGUGGAAUCUCUCCGUGUCUCGACAUCGUUGAUAAUUCUGGCUACUUCAGACAUUCCAUAUCCAGAACUACCUCACAAAGUAAGAGAAUUCUUCAACAGCGACACCUCACAUUCCGCCUCUGCACUGGAGCAUACUGUACCUCGGUUCUGUGUGCAUGUCGAGAAGUGCCCUGACUAUGAAUCCGUGGUCAGUCUUUCAGCUCAGGAAUUAUCCCGGGAUAUGAUACAUUUAUUCGUGCAGCUGAGUCAUCAAAGCGCUCAUACCCAUACCCAUACCCAUACAAGCUCAUCCAAACAUAAUUCGGCGGAGAAAGUUCCUGAUGUAGAUGAUACUUGCAAAAAUCACGAAUCAGUUCAGAACGUUGGACCUACCCCCAACACGAGAAGUUCAAAAGGCAAGUCAAACUUACUACUGGCGAUAUCUACAUUCGGCUACCAGAUUUUAAGUUACCCACAUUUCGCUGAACUCUGUUGGGUGACCUCGAAACUUAGAGAUGGUCCCUGUGCUGACGUGAGCGGACCUUGGAGGAUCUGGCCGUUUAAUUCUUGUAUCAUUCGUCCCGGUAACUUAUCGGACAAGGUAUCCAUGGCUUCUGGAAGUAUGAAAGGCAGAGAGAAGUCGGGUUUCGCAAGGGGUUUAAUUGCUGUUGGAUUGUUGGCUUACAGAGGUGUCUACAAAUCUGUCAUGGAGGUUUCCUUUGAGGUAAGGAAGGUCCUUGAGCUUCUGAUGGAGCAAGUCAACGAGAAGAUUCAAGGUGGGAAGGAUCAAUAUGCCUAUGUUCGUCUCCUCUCGCAAGUGGCGUAUCUGGAGGAUAUGGUCAACAACUGGGCCUAUGGACUACUGAGUUUGGACGGCAACAGUCAGUCAAAAUCAGCAUAUCCAUCGAUGGGUCCGGAUUUUCCUGAUCACCAUAGAAGCACCGGUGAACCCAAUUUGACAGAAAGCAACAAUCACCACAUAUCCUCCCUGGAAAAUCUCGGAAUGGGAACAAAUUCUGAAGCUAAUAAUGGCGUUGCUGAUCCUGAUUCCAACGAGAGAGGCGCAAUUCUGGCUGACCAGUCUGAUCAGCCAAUCGACCCUGGAAUGAAGCUGGAAGAUGCCGAGCCAGAGAAACAUUCCGGCGUAUGUACAUCCACAGAGCUCCGUACCUCUUCCGAAAAUGGCUUCUGUGAGCCGGAGAAAUUUGUGUCAGAGGACCAGCCACGCAGAAUUCCAUCUGAUAAUCCUGAUGGUCGACCGGAAGAGCAGGGUGGAAGUAGCGACUUGUCUCAAGAGCAGCCUUCUCCGGAUUCUCGUGUUCUAUGCUCGUAUCGUUGUUGUCCUAUAUGCCUCAAAGCCCUCCACAGCACGAUCCAGAAAAUCAUCGUCCACGAAAUGGAAUCCAAUGACGCUACUAGCCAGUGGACUGCAGAGGACUUUCACGAUUUAGUUGCCUCUCUGUCGGUCAAUCUCCUUUCGUCGGUGAGAAAUCUUCAUGAGAACAAGAGACACGAGAGCUGCAGAGCUUCCCCCGGUAGUGGAUCAGGGUCGAGUGAUUGCGAGUGCAGAGCGGAACACAAUUGUCAUGCUGCUGAUGAAAAGAGUAGCCAAUCGACUGACUCGCUGCAGCAUUCUGAGAAGGAUCUUAGGCUUCUCAUGAGAGAUGGGAUUCUGGUUCCUGCAGGUUCAGAAUCUGCCGAGGAAGAUGUUUCUUUCCAUUGCAAGUACGAGACUUUCUGCCUGUGUUCGCUUGUUGAUGUAGUGAUGAUGAUGAAACCACCAUAUUUGGUUCACAAUGCAGGGACUUGAAAACACAGUUUUGGUUAUGAAUCUAUUUUCGUCAAAUCUAUCAUUUGUCAAACAGAAGAAUUGGCAUGAACUUAUAAUUUCAGUAUGUGCAUUGUGAUGACAUGUAACUUUGGCGGAAACGUUCACAAUUGCUUUGCAUCAUAAACUUCGUAAUUUUCACUAAACCGAUGUGUUUUGGCUACAACUUUAAGAAACCUUCUACUAAACUACUCAAUAGUUAUGACACAGUAUGCAACGAUGAAUGGAUGAGCAUGUCUGUCAAUCUAGACAAUGUUGUUUGUUUUAUUCUUAGUCAAGGUUCAUUCGAUCUAUAUCUAAGACAAUGUUGAGUACAUAAUAAAACGAACAUUUGAUCCAAUCAAUCAAUCAACGAAUUCGUCGAAAGACAAAAUCCAAAAUGCUAUCAUCCAUACUCCCAUUUGCUUCUGCCGCAAACAACUCUCUUAACCAACAGUUGCUGUCACGAAGGAAGUCAGACGAAGACAAGAGAGCUCAAAAUCGGGCAAGACAAAUAUUAGCAGUGUUUCUGUCUGCCGAAACAAAGAAAAUCACAUGGGAAACGAGUUAAGGUGCAUUCAUGCUGGCAUUAUGGGGGAAAUUGUUGUUAUUAAAUAAAACACCAAAACCCUAGAAGCUACCAACCAGAUUAUCUUCUGUGUAUUAUUUAACUUCAAUCGCUGUCCUACCUGGAAAUUGCACCACUUAGCUUCUCCCUGAACUCAAUAUUACAGCCAUCUUUAGCUGUGUUGCUUUUUCAGAAUAUAACUAGGAUCUUCUUAGUCGUGUGUCGAGAUUAGGAAGAAAAGAAGACUUUAAUCAUUGUUGAAAAAUGAGCACCAUGAAACUACAUGCCACUCCGUAGAAUCAUUGAUCAUCUCGUGUUUACGAGAUAUUAUUGUCGGUUCGGUAAAUUGUUGUUAUUGGAGUUGGAACUCCUCAAAUUGUACAUAAUUUGUCGAGAUAGCAUCAUUUUCAUGAUCAUCGCCUCCGUAAUAUAACACGUACAUUCAAGUUAUACUAGAUUGCGACAAACGCUUCUAAGUUCCAAGUUUUUGUUUGUAUUCACUCAGUUAAAGAAUAUAUGAAUUAAAAAUUAAAUAGAGAUAACAAAACAUUGCAUCUUCAUAAAAUUAUUUACAAUAAUAUAUGAGAUCUUGUAUUCAAUCCACCAUCAUACGGGAAAAAAAGGUUUACUACUCCAUUUUCAUGUCAAGGUGGUGCAAAUGACCGACUUUGGCCUCAAAUGGCUCCACCACUGAUGAUAUCACUCACAUAUUUAAACUAAUUGUACUAUAAAUUUUACGAAUCAACAGACGGAUCGAUACUAUCAGCAACCGAAUUAAUAAAGAACUUAUCUUCGC